UCCAGUUUACGGAAAUCCGGUUUGGCUUAGUUAGUUAGCUAGAUAACCGGGUUCAGGCUACUUUGGAUCAUAGAUACGUUACAAAAUGGGUAAAAAAUAGCAUAAUAUAGUUGUCUAAAAUAAUUAGUAAUACAAUUGUAUUUCCUUUCUGUAACACCUGUUAAACAUGGAGGCAAACGACGGCGCUGCCAGAAUAAAACCCGGAGCAGACGGAGAGACUCUGCAGAACCAGGAUCUGACUUUUCUUCAGGCAACUGUUGCCACUUUCAUUUCUCAGUAUGGUUGGUACCUGUUGAUCCUGUGUGUGGGAGUUUACUUCCUCAUCCAGCAUCUCAGUAAGAAGAGACCCAGCCUGAAUCAGAGCUCAGCUUCAGCAGUCAGUCAGGACCCAUCGUCCGUGGUAAGACGUCAAGAGGCUCUGGAGGCUUCGCGCCAAAAAAUGCAAGCAGAGCUCGACGCCAAAGCUGCAGAGUUUAAAGAGAAACAGCAGAGACUGGAGGAGGAGAAAAGACGACAGAAAAUUGAGAUGUGGGAGAGCAUGAAAGAAGGGAAGAGUUAUAAAGGAAACAACCGACUUCCUCAAAACAAUGACGAGGCGUCCACUUCCACCACAACGCUGAAGCCAAAGACGGACAAAAAGCCUCUUCGGAGCACUGGUUAUAAUCCAUUGGCCGGUGAUGGAGGAGGGACUUGCUCAUGGAGACCAGGCAGAAGAGGGCCUUCAGCUGGAGGAUGAGGUUAAAGGAGGUCAGAGGGAUGUGACCCUGCUCACCUCUGACCCUUCAGGCAUAAAAGCGCAAAGAGCAACUGAAUGAAACUGUCUGCACUCAUCAUGGAUCAGUAGCAGUGAUUUAAUAUGAACCUUUUGCUUUUAUAUUAAGUACGAUUCUGUUCAUCUAAAUCUUCAGAUAUGUUUUAACCAGCCUAUAGCUUACUUUUCUCUCAGACUUUCUAAAUGUUACAUCAAAGAGGAUUUCAUAAUGAUGGAUAAAGUUUUUAUAUGCAUUCUCUUUAAUGUGAUUGUGCAAGCUGGAAAGAUUACUCUUUAUUCUUAUUUGCACUUUUGCUACUUUUUUUUGCCACAUACCCGUAACUACAGGUAUGCAGUUAUCAUACUUUUUGAAUAUAGUGGCACAUUGUAGUAUCUGAACUAUCCAUGUGAGAUCGACAGUUUCUAAUGACGCCUCCUCAUCAAAGGUACGUAGUCCAGUGGGGUUGGCUGAUGAUUUUCAGUUGUGAGUGUGUGAUCCCAAUACAUCAAAACAUCAAAAUGCUGUUCUGUAUAUCAAACAUUUGGACACACUAGAUUGAACAUGUAUUUUCUUGGCUUUCUUUGAUCACAGCAUAAUCCCUUAGGUCAUAUUUCAUAGUAAUAAUGCCUUCAUUAUUAUUCUAAUUUAGGAGUGACUCAUAGAAAUUGUAGAAAACCCUUCCAUUAGCAGGUGUGUCCAAAUUUUUGACUGGUACUAUAUUUCCAGUGGCUAAAACGUUUUUUUUCUUUGAACCUGCAAACAGUUCUUUGUGAGGACACAUGGCCUCAUGGAAGGAAUAAAUCUUGUAAUUGUGAAUACAACAUUCUCCGACUACUAUGUAAUAUAUUUGAUGUACUUGUAAACUUUUCAUGAUUAAAAAGGCUUUACUUCUCA